AGAGCCAUGGAUGUAAUUGUGUGGCUCAUAGGUGGAGAAAAAUAAAUAAAAUGCAUCUUAUUAUUUACCAUCGUUGUUCAAUCAUAACUAGCAGCAAUUGCAAUCGUCAAUUACCCGUAACCUAUUUCAUAUUAUUUACUUAUUUUGAAACUAUAGGCUUAUUACUGAGGGUCGACUAUUCUCUCCUAGGUGUGUAUGAGUUUAUUUGAGAGUGUACAUUACAAAAGUAUCAAGAAAGUAGUCCCUAUUCAGACUAACGUCAUAGAACAGGGGGUGUGGGCGAAAUAGUCCUGUAUAAAUGCGCAAGGUUGUCAAAAACUAAAGUUUUCUCGGGCAGUUUUAGUCAACCUGUCGGUUGUGGAAAUGGAGACCGUAUGAAGAGAAUACGUUUCAAUACCCAUUUAACACAUCACAUUAUAUCUUCCUCCAAACAACUACUUUGAAAAGCCACAUCACCUUCAAAUGCAAUGUAAAAUACGGGAAUUAAAACCGCAGGAACUGAACACACGCUGCAUUAUUGGACUCCUCAUCUCCUUACCUGUCAAGUCUUGUUACCUGGCAACUGAAAACAACUGGUUGGACUAGUUUUUGGCCUCCUGGCCACCAAGUCUGUCCAUGUUGACCACCCAGGAAGAGGUUUAAAGAUUCUGCCGGAUUUCAACUUACCUGCGGUACAUGUAGUGGAGAAGAAAACAUCAGACUUCUACAAGCCAGAGAUAACUGUUCCAUUAUAGUCUCAUUUUGGGCUUGAUUUGAAUACUUGGCUAUCCAGACUGCAUUGGCCAGGUACAGUCAUGCACCUAGAGGUAAAGGUAGCUCUGAAUUUCAUUGUGUCCUACCUGUACAACAAACUGCCCCGUCGUCGUGCUGACCUCUUCGGGGAGGAGUUGGAGCGGAUACUGUUGUCGCGCUAUGAAGGCCACUGGUACCCUGAAGCUCCUCUGCGGGGCUCUGCCUUCCGCUGCCUGCACCUAGGGGCCCCCAGGGACCCAGUGGUGGAGCUAGCUGCGAGGAGAAGUGGACUGGACACAGAUGAAGUGCGUGCCAAUGUCCCCCCUGAGCUGAGUGUGUGGAUCGACCCCUAUGAGGUGUCCUACCAAAUCGGGGAGAAGGGAGCCGUUAAGGUCCUGUACUUGGAGGAUCCAUCCGGUUUAGGUGGGGAAGGCGAAAUGGUGGAAUUAGUAAUUGGAGUGAGUAAAGGGGACAUGGAGGUAGAGGAGGCCAAGAGCUUAGGGUUCAACCCUGAGGCCCAGGUGUUUGUUCCAAUUGGAGCCCAGAUAUCUCCAGUUCUGCUUCCUUCCCUCUCCAGCUCACCCACACCUCUCUCGGCUUCAUCCUGCCCAGUGAUUUUCAGCUAUCCUAGCUCCAGCACACCCACGAACCCAACGGCCCACUCUAACACAUCCACACCUUCCCCUCCAAGUGGGGCACUCCCUUACCUCCCCUCUCAGCAGCCAACGACUGCACUGCCCAGCACCCGUCUACCGCUGCAGCCCAUCACCUUCACCACGGCCAGUUUCGCCGCCACAAAAUUUGGCUCCACCAAGAUGAAGAAGUGUGGCGGUUCCGGAUCGGCUGGCGGCUCGGGUGUAGGCAUGCCCCCGCCACAGAGGAUGCUCGCCUGUUCCCCCACCAACAUCUCUCCCCCAGGGCUGCUGAAACACAAGCCCCUCUCAGUCUCCCUGCACUCCCUGGGGGCUCAGAUCCCCAGCCAGCUCUCCCCUAAUGCCAAAGAGUUUGUUUACCCGGCAUCCCCAGGGCCCGUAUACUUUGACAACGAUGCUCCGCCCAUACUACCACACUCAAGCCCCUUCCAGCUCCCUCACCCCGCCCACUCCCACCCCUCAUUUGACCCAUUCUCCAGUCCCCCACCUGGUCCAGCUGUUGACAUCAUCGGUGGUAGCGGUGGGAUUUCUUACAUUGAGAAGCCCUCAUUUGUGGAGGGGAUAGGGGGGUAUAACCUGCAAUAUCCCAGCCAGGCCUUCCAGCCGGUGGUGCUGGCCAACUAAGCCUUUCUUAUGAGUAUUUCUGUUGCAGCAGUAGGGCAGUAAUGCUCAAGUAUCUUUUGGGGAAAAUUGUUCUUACUGUGAUACUAUAGCGUAGAAUUAGUUUUGUUACUACUACAACCUCCACUAUAUAUUUCAAUAUGAUUAUUUCCAUAUCAUUUAUGUUUGUUUUUUUGUGGAUUUUGAUUUCAGUUUCUCUAACCAGAGGAGUAACCAGCCUCCUAUUGCACAGACAUCAUUUUCAUUGAAUGUUCAGCAGAGUAAAAUGCCCUUCAGCUUUGGUCUAUUGACAGCAGUAUGGUAGUUAUGCUGUGAAAAAGGACCAAUGUCCUGUAAAAUGGCUUUAGAAAGCUUAGCGCUUUGCAAUCUGCUCGGCCUUAGUUACCAAAAAUGCACAGAGGGGUUUGUGCGGGUUUGGGGAUGUCUUAUUCAUGCUAACAAGUGUUAAAUGUGCUCUUCUGUGGCUUAUGGUCAUUGUGAAUAUAGUGAGCCUAUUACUAGAGCCUUGAAACAUGUCUGAAUUGGUUUGGCGUGAGGUAUCAGUAUUUGCCAUUUGUCAGUUCUGAAAUCUGGUUAUGGACAUGCUUAGAAAGGGAGCCUGUGUGUAGUGUCUUGGGAAAAGGGAGGGUUUAAUGUGCAGGGUAUGAGGAAAUGUAUCUGUCAUGACAGGAAGAAUUACUGCCAGGGGGGUCAGCGAACCUUGGUGAAUGUGAGGCAAGUUGAUCUUUGUCUUCAGAUAUAAUGACGUACUAAUCUCAGACACACACACAGACCGAAUCUGUCAGCAGUGUGUGAAGGUGAACGGGCGUUGUUGGAGGGGAAUAGGAUGCUGCUAAGCAAUGGGAAUUGUGAUGAAUGGCUUAGCGUGACUGACUAUGAAGGAGAGGUCUUACUCUGCAGGGAAAGGAGGACGAGGAGGGAGUAAGGAGAGGAAAAAGGGAUGGCAAGGCAGGGGCAUCGAUGACGUUUUAACACCUUUUGGCAUCUUGGGUGCAAUGGCUUUAGACUGACACUUUAAAACCCGGAGCACGUUUCUGUAGAACUUUAGUGGCGUUGCAGCCAAAGGCCCACGCUAGGUCCCCUGCUCUUUAAUCCCUUAAUUAUCUCUGUUCCAGUUGCUGCUCCAGUGGGAGACCAGCAUCAUAUAAUGAAAGCUGUUUUCCUUUUCAAUUUCCAGGACCAUGAAUAUUAACUAAACCUGUGUUUUUGUCACUUUAUGAUGCCAUGUCAGAUCAUUCUCAUGUAGAAGGUGGUGAUACCCUGGCUCCAUAUAGGUAAUCGAGGGGGCAGUAAUUGUCACCAGGGUUCAGGCAACCCCCGCCUUUCCUUUUGAGCCAUCCAGCACUUUAUAUUAUUGGGCUAUAGAUGCUAUGUGACCCCCCCAGUCAUGUAAGGCGCUAAACAUUCUUUUUUUCUUCUUAUUGGCCCAUUGUUACAGCUGCAUCUGCUAAGAAAUGUUGGUUCUGUUCCAAUGAGAUUUGUAUUUGGAUAGAAGGGGGAGUGUCCCUAGCCAUCUGAAUGUUUUCUAGAUUGUGCCAUGUAAACAUCUGUGUAUAAGCUAACAUAAGUACACUGGUAAUUGCUGUGAUAGUUGGUCAUAUGCGUGUCAUUCAAACUGUUUAUUUAUCUUUACGUCCAGGGGUUGGGAGGGGAGGGGCGGAUCUCUUUAUAAUUGUAAUGGUUGUGAGGAAAGGGGUCAUUUUUACAUUUGUAAUUUAUUUUAAAUUUUCUAUAUUUUUCCUAUGUUUUUUUCAAAAGUAAUUAAGUACAUUUGUAAAGUUGAGAGAGAGAGAUGUUAUAACAGUAGGAAUAUGUAUAUAUUAUGUUCAGGUUUCCUUUGUUUAGUUAUGUGCUGAAGUUAUUUUUACAAAAUAACUAAAUAUAUAUGCAAGUUGGGAAUAAAAAUAAAGAUGUAUAAAAUAAAGUAUUGAAUGUGGAUUGUACCUUGUACAGAAUUUGUCCAAUAAAAGACGGGUAAAUGUAAUUUGUUAAAUUGGGUUUUUGAAGAGCUUCAGAGAUGAAUGUUUACAAUGGGUGGAUAGUCUGACAGCAUCAUUCUCAGUCUGUUUCUAAGGGCAGUCUGAUAACUUGUGUAAGAUUUCUGUUCCUUCAUAGUUCGUACACUUAAACCAAAAUCUCCACAUUUAAACCAAAUCCCCUUAGUAGUGCUCAUGUUACUAAUUUUGUCCCUUAUUCAUUCAUAUUCCAUCUACAUAUUGUCCAAUGCCAUAAAUCUUUGCUUUAUACCACUAACCUUAUUUGUGUGCCUGAACAGUCCUACUGUGACUGAACAGUCCUACUGUUGACUGAAUUGGCUGCCAAUUUCAUUCUCACACAAAGACUGAGGGAAAGCAAAAAACCCGUUCCUGCAGUCUAAUCCUUGAUGAGUAUUCACCUCACAUCCAUUUUGUGGUAACAUUCCCCUGCUCCCGCUACUAUAGCCAUAACUAAGACUGUCUUUACUCACACAGACACCGACCCUAGUCCAGUGCAAUGUGUAACUAACGCCAUAUUCUAGACCACAAUUGUGUGGGGGGGGGGGGGGGGUUUAACCACAAAUAUUCCAAUACAUUUCAAGUCAAGUGUUUCAAGUAGGUUUAGGAGGAGGAUAGUCAUUGAAUGUGCUGUGAUGAUGAUCAGUGACUGGUCAAUCCUGGUGGUGGACAGCCUGGUGAUGGAUAGAGCUAUUUUUUUAUUUGUGCUUGUUGAUUCGGUGGGAUUUUUUGGUUUCCAAAAUCCCUACGAGCAUCCCAAAGUGCUGCCGCCCCCCAUUGCUUAAAUAAUGGUCAGAUUACUCUUGGUAAUCGGAUGUGUGCUGUAUUUAAUUCCCUGUGCCUGCAAAGCAGGUCUGGAGGUUUGAGUGGUGGCUUGGAGGCUAUGUUGCGGUCACUGACUGCCUGCCAAUGGGAAGGCCAGAGGACUGUGACGUUUGAGGGAUGGGGGCUGCUCUACUUGGAAGUUCUGAUGGAUUACAGGAAGACUAUAAAUAUUGUUUCACGUUGUUUCACUUUUUGGUCACAGGAUGGAUGGACAAUGUUUUGUUGCGGUAUAGUGGUUGGCUGUUGGUAUACGUCUUGCAUUUAAAAAUUAGUAACAGAUUACACUAUCCUCCAAGUAUUGUAAUUAAAAAUACUUCGUUUUUAAAUCCACACUAAAAGCAGGCUGUUCUACCACCAGGAUUGAAUCAAAGUGAGAAACAGAGUUUUGUAUUCUGUCUUUUGCUUAUAUCUAUCUACGUGUGUUUUAUUUAGCACUUUGGAAUAUUUUGUUGUAAUAAAGAAGUAUUUUCUAUUUAACAUUUAAGAAUAAAUGGAUAUAAAUUAAAAGUAAGAUAUAUUAAUAUAGUACUUUCUCUUUUGCCUGUAUUUUGUUAUCAUUUUCCUAUUUUGUAUCUUAUCUGUACACCCUGUAGAUGUAUAUGAACCUUUCACUACUGAAAUGCAAUGACCUGUUUUCUGUGCUCCCCCAUGGGAAUGGGGACUUACUACUGCACUUUCUUAUUGUAUCAGAUUCUUUUUUAAGUUUGUAAUAAAACAAUUCCAAAAAUAAGCAUGGAAAAUAA